AUGGAAUAUGUUUUUCCGAAUGUGUACGAAUACAUGAACGAUUUAACGCAGAACGAAAGUAAAAUAGUGGACGAAUUCUUUCAGUUAGCCGUCUACGAUCCGUGCUUAGGAAGCCGUACCGUGGCAUACGAGGGUCAUCAAUACGAUUAUAAGAUUUUUGCCAAUGGUUCUAUUUAUAUCCCUUAUUAUGCAACAUUAAUUGAAUCGACAUCAUAUUGCUUUACUAUUAUUUUGGAAAGGGGAAAUACGUUUGAAAUAACUUUCUGUUCAGAUCUAAAGGAACUUUACAGAAACGCUAUGAAGUACUCACCUGAGUUUCGUUGGAUACAUCGUAUGAUUGAUAUACAUUGCAGCUUGAAUUUAGUGGGUAUAUUAUUUUUGGUGGCAGUAUUUCUAGUGUAUUCCAUAUUACCAGAACUCCGAAAUGAACACGGCUUCAUGUUGCGCAAUUACUGUGCAUGUUUAUCCAUCACAUUCGUGAUUGAUACAGUCAAAGUUUUACAUUUGAAAGAGGAACCGACAUACAUCCGUCCCGUCUGUAUUACAAUUGCCUUUUUAAGAUAUUUUUGGUUUAUGUCGAGUUCCUUUUGGCUAAGUAUCAUGAGCUUUAAUAUGUGGCGGACAUUCAGAGAAUUUUCUUCGCUACAAAGGAACGUCAAAGGAAUUAUACAAUCAGGAAAAAAAAAGUUGGUGUAUUAUGCUAUUUUUGCGUACGGAUGUCCAUUUGUAUUUGCAAUUGUUUGUGUCAUUGUUGCGGAUUAUUUAUCCGAGUAUUUACCAAAAAAUUUGAGACCAGAAUUCGUAGAAGGAUCUUGCUGGUACUCUAGUCAACAUUUUGAAGCGUAUAUAUUUUAUUAUUACUGGAUCAGUACUACCUGUAUUGUUAGUAGCAUUUGCUUAUCCAUUUCUUCGUCUCGAAAUAUCAAACAAUGUGAAAAGGAUGCAAAUUUUCGUCUAACAGAUUCGGAAAGCAGGCAGUAUAAUCAAAAUAAGAAAUGGUUUAAUCUAUAUAUGAAGUUUUUUAUCAUAUUGUUUAUCACUAUGGGUAUAAAUUGGAUUUUGUAUACAGUUGGAUGGCACUUAUAUACAAUACAAUUAUAUUAUUAUUGUUUUUGCAUUAAUAUUGCUAAUGCUUUGUUAAAUGUAACAGA